UGCAAACGCUUAAUGGAUAAUUAUUUAUUAAAAAAUCAUUAUGGCUGAGAAAUUUAAUGGAUUUAGCCACGAUGAGAUACUCAAAAUAACAGGAGUGAAACAGGGAGGCAGGGGAAAUGCGGACACAGCUUUAAAAAUGAUGAAAAACCAGCCGGGCAUCAGGCGGAUGCCGGAUAAGAUCUUCCGGCAGGCAGAUCAAUUGCGAAAGCAGCAGCAACAACAACAACAAGCACAGCAGAAGCCUCAACAAGUGGCAGCAACCAAGGCCAAAUCGAGAUCAACCACGCCCACAGAACCAGAACCAAAAAAAGCGCCAACUCCCACGCCAAGCGAUAAUGGGAAUAGCGAAGAAUCUCUUAACUUGGAAAGCGGCCUAUCUGAGUCACUUGUCCAGGCGCUUUACUGUGGGUCCGUUAAGGCGCCAACGUCAAACGGCAAAGCUUCAACUGCCACGUAUGCAACUGUAAACGACAGCGGAACGACGGACGACAGUUCAAUUCUGAAGAUAAGCAGCACAGACGACGAUGCUAGCAUACUGCCCAGCACCAAAGAUUCAACUGGUGAUAGACUCAGCACGGAUUCACCCUUUAAGGGCAUUUCCCUGAAGGACUUUGAGCAGCAUCGUAGAAUGAUUGAGGAACAGAACAAACAAAAGAAACAAAUGCUGUACAAAGCCAUUGAACAGCAUACACAAAAAACAGCUGCUGAAUCGCGGAAAAUAGAACAGAUCCGUCAUGAACUCUCAAAGUUGGAGAGCGAUCUUGCCGUGGAUGUAGCUCUCUUGCGAAAGCAGAUUGACACAGCCUGCAUACAUUUUGCCACUGUGGAAAAGCAGUAUAUUAAAAUUGAGGCUCAGUUUCUAAAGGCAAAAGUCGACUUACACAAUGCAUCUGAGAAAAAGGAACUACUCACGGAACACCUUUGCACUGUUAUAGCCCACAAUGAGGAUCGUAAGGCUCAAAAACUGACGGAGCUGAUGCAAAAAGUGGGCCUGGCGCCAACCGAGGAUGAUCAACCCGAAUCGCCUACUCCAGAAAAUUAAUCGAAUCUAACGAAUUUCGUCGCAUGUUUGCCCAAAACAUAGUUACAAUAAGAUAUUAACCUUGAUAUUAAUUAACAUGAUCAUGUAAACAAGCUAAUAUUAGGUGUUUUAAUUUUAAGCAUAAAGUGCAAAUUGCAAUAAUUAAAUGUACGUUAAUGUUUAAAUUCUA